ACAAAAUCCCGCGAACAGUACAAAGGUUUUCGUAAACAUUCAAGGCUGACUGCAAGUGCUUAAUUUUAUGUGAUAAACUGUUGAAUAAUGCAAUGUGCAAUUUGUUUGCAACCCGAUCGAAGUGCGAAAAGUCCUGUUUACGGCGACUGCAUCAUCGAAAGCCUUGACAGGAUCAGGACCCAUUACCUCCAUAUCAAAUCUCAGCUCGAUGAAAGGCAAUCACAAAUCGAGCAGCUUCGCACCAUCAACGAGAGACUAUCCAAUCAGCUAAAGUCCUCAAAAUGCUCCCCAAAGCGAAGGAAGACCAACUCCUUCGAGGACAGUCCUGCCGUGUCCGAGAAGUCUUCCGUAGAUUGCUUAAACGAAGCCAUCAAAGCUGAAGCAAGUUGGGAUGAAUCGUUUUUCGUGGCAACCCAAGAGUCAAAAGCGGCGACUCCGCAAAGUGUCCUUAAGCAUUUAAACCGGAGUUCGCAAAACAAUACUCCGCCGCCCUCAUCAACAAAACCUCCGUCCACGGCUGGGGGAUUUCUUCCACGACGCUUGAGAGGUACCCCGCUAAGCUCCAAACAACGAAACUUGAAAUCGCCGGUUGGAAUUGAAAAUAAAAGCCCCAAAUGGACGUCGAAGGAGGACCUUAAGUCGUCGGAUAACAGAGGCGGGUUGGUCAAACGUGAAUGGAAUCUGUCCUUUAUUCAACCGUCGGCACCGCAGAACAGAGACAAGAGUCCACGUUGUGAGAAAAGUCCGAAGGAAAAGAAGAAUGUGCUGUCGCUGAAGAAGGAGGUCAACUUGAAGCAGACCCGGCUGAAAUUCGAUACUUCGAGGGUGGAGGAAGACGAUGGAGAGGAGACAAUUGUGCCAGAGACUGAUGCAACGUUUUGUGGCGAUUUGAUUGCCGCGAGCCCAACAUCCCUUACGGCUGGGAGUCACGAAUCAACGAAGUCUAGGACUGUAAGAAAACUUGGUCGUAAUCGCUUGCCAGCAACACAUGAAACAACUAAGAAAAAUCAAUUUGGAGGAUUAAACUUGAAAACUGAACCGCAAUCACAAGUGAAAAAAGUUAUAAAUUUCGACGCGAAACCAUCGAACCCAAAACCUAUACAAUCACGACUUGCAGAACCGGGGUCGAAAAAAGAAGGCCAUGACACACUGACCGGAAUUGAGCCACAUUCUGACUCCAGUGUUUGUAUUUUACCAUCACAAUCUAAUGACGUUAUUUUGGUGGAAGAUUCACACGCGGAUGCAGAUAUCAAUAUCGAUUCUGCUGCUCUUUUGGACGAAAUGCUGAUAAUGUCAGACGAAACUUCAGAUUUCCUAAGGAAAAUUGAAGAGAAGUGCAUUUCGAACAUCAAAAAUCAGCAAGAUAAGCAGAAAACCCUCCCAAAUACUCAAUCUGGCAAUGAUUCACCUGGAAUUCUUCCAAAGGCAAAAGAUUUCAAGAUUACCCCUAAGCUGAGGCAAGCUGAUGUCACGAAAGGUAGCCCCAGUCUUAGUCCGUCGAAGGUUGCACUGCCAAAACAAGAAACUAAGCUAGCAAAAUCGGAUGCUGAUAACCAUGCGCCCAAAAUCAUUCCCAAAUGGAAUUGUAAGGAAUGCGAAGCGUAUUAUACAGUAGCUGGUCGCACUAUGCCUGAACAAGAACUCUUAAAGCGCAUGAAACAUUGUGUGGAGAACCAUAAACGAUCGUUGUGUGAAACGCCGGACGGUUUUUGGAAUCUGAGCUUCCCGCCCAGCCAAGAGGAUGAUCCCAGAUAUCAGACGUUUGUUGACAAGAAACAUGCGGAGAAGAAACGAAAUGGAUAGCAAAGUAAAACAGUUUUCAGUUAUUUUGUCUCAUUGAAACGUAGACACAUUAUAUUGUCGUAUCAUUCAUUUAUUGUAUUUACAAAUAUGUAACCUCUAAUGAGGUAAAACGAAAUAAAACAAUAUUUUGUACAAUUUUUACAAA